AUGGGCAAUGAACAGGCCGAUGAACUCAUGAAGACGGCGUGCAGGAGCCAAUGCCGCUGUCAAGAACAGAUACAGCAGCGCAUAUUCGAGUGCCUGCAUAUGACGCCUUACAAUCGUUGUGGAACACACCUAGUUUCCAGAACACACGUCUACAUCGACUUGACCCCUGUCUGCCACUUCAGCCUCCACCUGGACUAUCCCUACCCGAGACAACGGUCAGGUUUGACCACCAUCGGAAGGCCUGCGGAACAACAACAACAACAACAACAACAACAACAACAACAACAACAACAACAACAACAACAACAACAACAACAACAACAACAACUGACUAAAAGGCUCUGA